UUCCUAAUAGGUCCUGUAUUCCCUUCAAAGGCUCAUACAGAGUGGUUUGUCGUGUGAAGGGCCUCGCUAUUUGAUUCCACUCCUACUACUUUGCAUUUACAUUACACAUUGAGAAAAUUAUGAACAACAACUAUCACUCUCUGAGGGUGGAAACUGCCAUGAAUCACAAAGACAAGAAGUAAUUUUCUGUAAUUACAAGAUGACUCAGGAUGGAUCAUGCAGCUGCCCAGCUGGAGAAGCAGCACGUGCACGAUGUGUAUGAGAACACCGCUCCUUACUUCAGCGACUUGCAGAGCAAAGCCUGGCCUCGUGUCCGCCAGUUCCUCCAGGACCAGAAGCCUGGCAGCCUCAUCGCUGACAUAGGUUGUGGAACUGGAAAGUAUCUUAAAGUGAACAGCCAGGUACAUACCCUGGGCUGUGACUACUGUGCACCAUUGGUAGAGAUUGCCCGGAGUAGAGGAUGUGAAGUCAUGGUAUGUGACAACCUUAAUCUCCCCUUUAGGGAUCAGGGCUUCGACGCCAUCAUCUCCAUAGGAGUCAUACAUCAUUUUUCUACAAAACAAAGAAGAAUCAGAGCAAUAAAAGAAAUGGCCAGGGUCUUAGUUCCUGGAGGCCAGCUGAUGAUUUAUGUUUGGGCCAUGGAACAAAAGAACCGGCACUUUGAGAAGCAAGACGUGCUUGUUCCAUGGAACAAAGCCUUGUGCUCCCAGCCCCUCUCGGAAUCCAGCCAGCCUGGGAGAAAGAAGCAGUGCGGGCAUCCAGAAAGAAGCCAUCCCUACCAACCUCCCUGCUCUGCGUGUCGCUGUCCCGUUUGUUUUAAGGGGCGCCGUGAUUCGAGGCGGUCCCAUAGUGUGGACCGUGACUCUGCUCUAGCUGGCACCUGCUGUGCGAAUAUUUCCAAGGAAGGCGAGGAAGAAAACGGAUUCUAUAACACGCUGGGGAAAUCUUUUCGUUCCUGGUUUUCCUCUAGAUCUUUGGAUGAAUCAACUCUGAGGAAGCAAAUUGAAAAAAUGAGACCCUUGAAAAACACAGAAAGUUGGGCCAAUAGCACGAUAUCCACCCAGCCUUCAAGACACUCAAGUUUCGACUUAGAUCAUCCAGAGCCAUUUUCAACAGGAGAGCAAAAUUUAGAUGAGGAAGUGUUUGUGGAGACUUCUCAAAAACACCUGGAAUGGCUGAGAGCGCCCGCCACACACAAACACCUAAAUGGAGACCAUCCAAGAGGCGUGAGGAGAAAUGGAGAUGGGAAUUUUCUGGGUAGCACCAAUACCAGGGAGAAUUGUACGGAUGCAGGUAACUUAGAAGAGGGUACCCCUUCUGCUAGUAAAAUAUGGAGGAGGAUUUCUGCAGCUGAGUCCAAAGAUUCCAACCCAGGUGACACCAUUUCUGUCGAAGAACAACAGCCCGACAUUUUGGAUUCUGGUGCCUUUAUGCGCUAUUACCACGUGUUUCGAGAAGGCGAGCUCUGUGGCCUGCUGAAGGACAGUGUGUCGGAGCUCCAUAUUCUGAGCUCUGGGAAUGAUCAUGGCAACUGGUGUAUCAUUGCAGAGAAGAAGGAAAGCUGUGACUGA